AUGAUGUCCGCAUUUGACAGUGAUUUUCCAAGAUAUAAAUUAUACCAAAGCGUAGUUCACAAAUAUGCAACUAAUACACCAGUCAUUCCACUGACUUCCCAUCAAGUGUAUACGCAAAACUACUAUGACACUUCGACCACUAAUGUGAUUACUACCUAUAUUUUGUUGAUUUUGUUUUUAUCUUUUUGCUACAGAUUAAUUGAUAAGAGUCUUUUCCAAGGACGAUUAAUAAAAAGCAUCUUCGGUUUCGAUCAGGAGCAGGUAGAAUCCACAGUUGAAAAUGAAUCUGAGGAUGAGGAAUUAUACUACUUUGAUGUCUUAAGUGAAAAGGAAAACGAGGAAGAACAGGAAAAUGAGGCAGAAAAGGAAAAAAAGGAAGAACAGGAAAAUGAGGAAGACAAGGAAAAAGAAGUUGAAAAAGUAACUCUGGAAUCCCCAGACAACGUAGAUGUUGACUGGUUCUAUUAA